AUGCUUAUACCUAUCAUCCUCAACUUUAUCCUCCUGGCAACAGCCCUCCCCUACUCCCCGCCCUACCAACACAUCGGCUGCAUCUCAACAUCAACCAAAGUAUCCUUUUCACCCUCCUUUCUACAAGCUCCCUUCACCGUACCUCAAUGUCUCCAAUCAUGCGCCAAAGCAGCAACACUCAUCGCCAUAGGUGUGGGUUCUUGUUUCUGCGACGCCGGCGGCUCGUCAGCAUCAUUCGAACUCAUCGAUGAACAACUGUGCAAUGUCCUCUGCACCCAAGACGACGAAAGUGGCGGACGAUGCGGAGGAGAAGGUGUUUUGAGUUUAUAUCAGCUCUCGGAAUGUGAUGGGGGCGAUUGUUUGGCCAAGAAUGGAACUGUACCUCCCGUCGUGCAAAAGCCGUCGCCCUGUACGAAUUGUAAUGGAACUGGGACACCUGUUCCUCUUCCCGCACCAACCCAGACUCAGCAGCAACAAGCUACGGAGGUUAUUUGUCCACCUGAGGGUUGUGCGACUGUUAUUCCGUUGCCCGUAUCAACGCCUUCUGGGAACUCAACUGGGAAGACGUGUCCUUCAGGAGGAUGCGGCGCCAACAAGCAAGCUGGCAACCAGGAUGGCUCGUCUCAAUCACCAUCCGGCUCACCCGGCAAAGGAUCCAACGAAGCACCGAGGCUUGCAAGCGAUAGCCCGAGGCUAUAUGCACCUAGUAUACUAUCAGCUAUUACUGCUGUUAUCUUUGGGUUAUGCUUGCUAUAG